UUUUGUUUCAGAGUUUGGAUACUUUACAAACAACAAAAGCCCCCUUUCGCCUGUGCUACCGUUGCUCCGCCGUCACCGCAACCGCCGCCGCCGUAGCGCCGCUUGUGUUCUUGCUCUGGGCCUCUUUUCUCGCCGUUUCUCACCAUUUAGGUUGCCUGCACAAUCACAAUGCCGCGCAAGCCAACAAGAAGAGCCCAUUUGCAGAAGGCUCAGCCCGCUUUCUCUCGUUUGGCCCGUUCUAUGGCCUUACUUACGUCUGCCCGCAAGGCGAAACCGCAGAAUAACAAUUCCACGGUGCACCGAAAAGUUCCUACCAACUCCACAGAUGAACAUGAUACUAAAAAGUCAAAGUCAAAGAGGAAAGAGCCACAUUCGUCGUCUGAAGACGAGGAUUUUGAGGGAGUUGUACAAGCCGAUUUUGCGUUCUUUGACCCGAAGCCCGAUGAUUUCCAUGGAGUAAAGGUCUUGUUGCAGACUUAUUUAGAUAAUAAAGAAUGGGAUUUAAGCAGCUUUGUAGACUUAAUCUUGCAACAAACUACCGUCGGAACCGUAAUAAAGAUAGAAGACGAUGAAGAUAACGGAAUUUACGGUUUUGUUUCUGCUCUUAACUUGCAUAGAUACAAGGAUUGUAAAUGUAUGAUGGAAGUGAAGGAGUUUUUAUUAAAAAUGUGUCAAGAUAGUGACAAAAAGGAUAAGUUGAAAUCUUAUUUUGGAGAAAGAGCAGCACAUGUCGGUCUUCUGGUCUCGCAAUAUGUCGUGAAUCUGCCACCUCAGCUUUUACCACCGUUGUAUGAUGGUCUCUUCGAUGAAAUCACCUGGGCUACCGAAGAUGAGCCGACAGAGGAGUUUAGGAAGUCGUUCCGCUUCAAAUAUUAUUUAUUGGUCAGCAAAGUAUACAAGCAUAAAGGAGACCAGAAAAAGAAAGUUGGUAGCUCAAAUGAAGAAGAUGUAAUUUACUUGAAGCCAGAAGAUGAAAUAUUUCAUAAUCUCAGUGCAUGGUCCUUCUGCUUUCCAUUGCGCGGUCAACAGGUCACCACCAACGAGCUUAAAAACUACCAACCAAUGGGUUUAGUCAUGGCUGUUGAAGCGACACGCGUCUCAAGUUUCAAACAACAGCUGCAUUCAUUAAUCGACGAAUCAUAACUUAAACCCUGCUGAAAUUUUGCCUCCCUGAUAUCAUCUUAAUCUCCAAAUGUUACGAAAACCGACAACCUAAUAUAGCAGCUUCAAGCCUUAAAACUAUUUGAUUAAAUUAAUUAUUAUUAUUAUUAUUAUUAUUAUUCUGGUUAGUCAAAGAUGCAUUUGAAGGACAGUUAUCAACUUGUCAUUAAAGUUGAUACCAUAAAUUUUGAAUUAUGCAUCACAUCAUAUGUGAUUAUGUGGAGUGGAUUAGCGUUGUUUGUUCGGUCUGGUUUGCGCACCCAGCUGGUUACAUGGUCCAUUGGGGUGGGUUAGUUUUGAAGGGUGAAUGGGUAGGGGACCUCAUGUGGUCUUCUUUUAAAGAUUCUGUACUAUGGUGUUGCUUCAAUGAGUGGAAGUUGGAAUUGAUGUGUGAAAGAUUGAUUUCAAUGAUUUAUGUUUUUUUUUU